AUGGAAACUAGUUUCUGCCAUAGGAGGUUCCCCCUGGUCUCCUGCAUCCACUUGCUGCACUUCUGGCUACUCCUCCUCCUAGCCUCAGCAGUUCCGUUGCACAACGCCUGGUCUCUUCGGACCCGUGGUCUUCUGGCAGUCCGGCCAUUGUGCAGCCACCGGAGCCCCGCAGCAUCCAGAUCUUUCUGCAUCUGGGAUAAGAAUCUGCCUACAGAGAAAACAGGAUUUCACUCUACCUCACUGCGGCUGCACUCUAUGGUUUCCAAAGGGGCUGGCCAACGCCAUGCCAUACGGCUGAGGCGUCAAGCCAAAGGGAUCCGGCCUGCUACCCCAUCUGGCUUUGAGGAUGGUCCCUCCUCAUCUCAGUACCCCUGGGCCAUUGUUUGGGGUCCCACAGUCUCAGUUGAUGAGGGAGGGGAUGCCAGCUCUGCCAACCCAGGCUUUCCACUUCUGGAUUAUGCCUUUGUUUCAUCCAACGGAAUGGCAACAGCACAACCCAAUUCCCACUCACUGUUACACAAUGAAGGGCUCAACCUGCGUCAGACCCCAGCCACACUACCACCCUUCCUCUUUGGACCUCGGGGAGAAGGUGUGGACCCCCAACUUUACGUCACCAUUACAAUUUCUGUCAUUAUCAUCCUUGUUGCCAUGGGAAUAAUACUCAAAUUCUGCUGGGACCGGAAUCAAAAGCGCCGUCGCCAUUCUAGUCAGCAAAGCGAAUUGCAGCAGCAGGAGAGCCAACAGCCUUUAACAGACCUGUCACCCGCCACGGUCAGCAUCCUUGGGCGCUACAGCGAUUCACAGGUUCCUACGCCAGAGAUGGUGGAAAGUGGACAAGUCCUGGAAGGCUUGGAGAAGCUGGAGGGUCUCGGGAAGUCCAGUGCCUUCCAGCUCAACAGGAUCCCACUGGUGAACUUGUGA